GAAGAUGAACAUUCUCGAAAAGCUAGAGAAAUCUUCAAUAGAUGGAGAAGAAGAUGGGUUGUUUGCGAUGCAACUGGCUAAAAUUUCAAUACUUCCAAUGGUGUUGAAGACAACUAUGGAGCUUGACUUGCUAGAAAUAAUGGCAGAAAAGGGUGAAGGUGCUCAGUCGUCUGCUUCCGAGUUGGCAUCUCGUCUUCCGACAAAGAACCCAGAUGCUCCAAGCAUUGUGGAUAAGAUGCUGCGGCUUCUGGCUAGUUACUCAAUCCUCACUUGUUCUACUGUCACCGACGAACAAGGACAUGUUCAGAAUUUAUAUGGUCUGGCUCCUGUUUGCAAGUUCUUAACAAGGGACCGUGAUGAAAGUUCUCUUGCUCCUUACACUCUCAUGUCCCUGUCCAGACCUUUUAUUGCUGCUUGGGAUCAUCUAAAGGAGGCAGUGUUGGAAGGAGUCUCCCCAUUUGAAAAGGAAAAUGGAAUGGGUUUAUUCGAGUUUGUGGGGAGGAAUAAAACUCUUUUCAAUGAGGCCAUGUACCACAAUACCAUGAUGGUCAUGACAAAAUUACUUGAGAAAUACAAAGGAUUUGAGGGCCUCCAUCAGCUGCUUGAUGUGGGUGGUGGCCUUGGGGCUAAUCUUCGUUUAAUAGUCUCCAAGUAUCCUCAAAUUCAAGGCAUUAACUUUGAUUUGCCUCAUGUUGUUCAAGAUGCACCACCUUGCCCAGGAGUAGAGCAUGUUGGAGGAGACAUGUUUGUGAAUAUUCCAAAAGGAGAAGUAAUUUUCCUGAAGUGGAUACUUCACGAUUGGGACGAUGAUCGAUGCACGAAAAUACUGAAAAACUGCUACGAUGCACUGCCAGAAACUGGAAAAGUGAUAGUGGUGGAAGCUGUGAUUCCAGAAUUUGUAGAAACAGAUGUUAGAUCCAGAAAUGUGUUUAAAUUAGACAUGACCAUGAUCAAUGCCACCUCAGGAGGAAAGGAGAGGACUGAGAAAGAGUUGGAGAGUUUAGCCAGAAGGGCUGGAUUUGCAGCAAUCAAACUCAUUUGCUCUGCUUACUGCUUCUCCAUUUUCGAAUUCUACAAGAGGCCAUGACCUAAAUUCAUAUAUACUUGUUAUUAAUUAUAUUUUAUCCCAUAAUAUUUUCUACAUGGUUAUUUUCCUUUUGGUGAUGUUGCAAUAAUAUAUAAAAUAAAUCAAACCUGUUUGAUUCAUAAUCAACAAUAAU